UUAAGUCAAGGUACCGACUUGUCAGUGUGAAGGAUUUGUUUUUUAAAGAACAAUACUGUAGCAGUUUUUAUUGACUUACUAUCAGAGCAGAUUAGCUAAACGUCCUCAGAACGAUUUCUGCAUAGGUUUGGUACAUGUUCGGACAGUGACAGCUUGUAAAUUGACUUGUGUACAUUGCUCAAUGGUAUAGAUGUAACCACAUUGUACAAGCAUCAUUUGGACAUGCAUAUUCAGUAAGUGCUUUGAAUGAUUUCCUAUUUCAAGAGGUGCAUUUUCUUCAAAUAAGAAACAGAAAGAGACUUAAGGUGAAGUUUUCAAGCAGAAAUGAAGCUUUGGUCACUUUGUGACAUCUAGUGGACACUAUUUUCACUACUUUGGACAGAAUCAGAUUGUAUCGCCCAGAGAUUUUCAUCUACUGCAGAAUCCACUGCAUAAAUGACCUUGGUUUGUUCAUGAAGGAUGAAUCAUUAAUGCAUGUCAUUCACAUAAUGGACCAAAAGUUCAAUUUUUCCUUUCCGUCACUGAUAGAAGAUAACGUCUAGUUUGGAUAAAGAUGGAUUAUAUAAUGUUCAUAUAAAUACUGGUCAUCUGGGAUGUUCAGACAGCAUCAUUAGACCUGCAGGCACCGGCAACUCUUGAGCAGGCUCCAAAGUUAUUGGAAAAAACAUGGAGACUGCAGUGUUCACCUGCUGGCUCCUUUUUCUGAUGUUCAGUCCAGCUGUUCCCAUGUGUUUACCCACUGACUUCAGCUUGUAUGUGGAGAGGCCAGAGUGUGACUUCUGUGUUGCCAUCAACACAACCAUAUGCAUGGGAUUUUGCUACUCAAGAGACAGCAACAUGAGGGAUAUAGUCGGCCGACGCUUCCUUAUCCAGAGAGGCUGCACCUAUGACAAGGUGGAAUACCGGACAGCCAUACUCCCUGGCUGUCCCAUCGACUCCAACCCUGUCUUCACCUACCCUGUGGCUCUCAGCUGUCACUGUGGUGCCUGCAGGACUGAUAGUGAUGAGUGCGCACACAGGGCCGGUGUGGAUGGUGCUAGGUGUACCAAACCAGUCAAACGACUCUACCCAUAUCCUGGCCAAAGCAACUACAUGAUCCCUUUCUGAUUUUUCUUGUUGAAGUGGUUUUUUUCAGGUUGUCUUUUCUUGUCAAAACGACUAAGCUCAAACUGCAUGAUUCAAUAAUGUUUUGAGAAUGUUUUGUCUUGUGAUAGAUGGUGAUAUCUGCACUGUUUGUACUGUUACUUAUUGUACCAGCUGGCUUUAUUGUGCUUUUGUUGCUCAACCUGUCCGUGCUGAAGCUCUCCUUCUCUGUUUACAACAGGGGGGUUGAUCUGGGGGCAUAUUUCUGUUAGCUUCAUUAUGUAUCCUCCUGUACACUCGUAUGAUUGUGACUUUCAGACUUAUUACGUUCACUCUGAAAGGGAUAUUAUGAAUGAAACGCAAUUAAAGCUGAAGUCUCUAAAAAGGUCUCUGACUAAAUGGUGCUUACUGUACGUUGAUGACAUCCUAUGCCGGACUAUUCUGUUUACCACAUAACAAACACGAGACCAUGACACUCAAAAAAUUUCACCUCAGGAUACUAUAUUUGCCUCAGGAGUCAUUCUGGAAGGCACAUGAUUGUUGACACGCCU